AGUGACAUUGCCAAAGAGCCAGGGGACGGCUCUGGUGGAGAUCUGUGUAGUCAUGCAUGGCAAGGGGUCCAGGAGGAUGGGCAGUCAGCAGCCCAGAGGGGCAUGUGGGCGUGUCUGAAUGCAGGGAGGGGCCCACAAAAUGGAACCUUCAGGAAGUGAUGUCACCGAUGACACGCCAAGUAGAACCUGAAUUCUGACCCGGUGCCCAGUUCCUGGUCACAGACCCCAGUCCUGCUCACUUGACCGGAGACGCUCGACAGAGCAACACAUGGUCUUGUUGUGCAGAGCCUUCUGAAGGCAUGGAAGUCAGGGAAGCAAACAGGGACGGUCUUCCUGCUCGCUGUGGGCGUUGGCUCAGAGACCACCUCCAACGCCUCUGUCCGUGUUGUCCAAGGAACCCCGAGCAUGAAGAGGAGUCAACUGUCCGUGGGAAUAAGGUCCACAGGCGGAGGGCUCCCUGGACAGGUGUGAGGAAGAAAUGGAGAAUGAGGAUGGCACGAGAGACCCCUGUGCUGGAGCUACGGCCAGUGUCACCUGCUUCAGCCCCGGCAGAGCCAGAGGAUGUCCCAGCAGUGGCCUCAGCCCUGGGGCCCGGAGCACCUGCUGGAAUGGCACCGGGCCUGGCAGAGCCAGCGCCAGGUCCAGAGCCCACCAGCCCCUGUGCGGCGAGCAUCUGGGACAUCCCAGGAGUGGUCUCGGGCCCCGAGGUGGAGCCCCAUGAGCCUUCAGAACCCAGCAGGCCUUCCCCCAGCCCCGGAAUGGGCCAGGCUAGGCGCCAUGCCUGGGAGCCCGAUAAUGUGCCCAGCGUCCUCCAUGGCAGCCGGCUUUCAUCCAUCCCAGAGGGCCAAGUCCUCCACCACUUGGUCCAGGAGGAGCACCUGGGGCCCACUGUGGCAGAGCUGGAAGAACCACGGCAGACGCAGCUGGCUCCAGAGACACGGGGAGGGCCGGCUUCAUGGCUAGAGCCAGUUCAGGAGCUCCCUGGGACCCCUGUGCUGGAGCUACGGCCGGUGUCACCUGCUUCGACCCCUGCAGAGCCGGAGGAUGUCCCAGCAGUGCCCUCAGCCCCACCGCCGAGCCCUGAGCUUGAGCCCCAUGAGCCCUCGGGCACGGGGCCCAGGGCACCUGCCAGAAUGGCAUCGGGCCUGGCAGAGCCAGAGCCGGCUCCAGAGUCCACCCUCCUGGCAUUCCCCCCCCGCCUGGUGGCCGAGCAGCUGACCCUGCUGUAUGCGGAACUGUUCACCAAGGUGGCAGUGGCCGACCGCAUGACCCGCUGCGGGAGCCAGUCAUGUAACGGAAACGUUGAGCACCUGGCCCCCACCUUCAAUAAGAUCAUAAAACAAUUUAAUGACGCAGCCAACCUGGUCAUCUCCUCCUGCCUCGGGGGCCCAGGCAUGACGGCGCGGGACAGGGCCCGAGUGGUAGAGUUCUGGAUCCAGGUGGCCAAGGAGUGUCUGGACCUCGAGAAUUUUGCGUCCCUCCACGCCAUUCUCUUGGCCCUGCAGAGCCCCGCCAUCAGUCGUCUGCAAUGCACCUGGGGACGUGUUUCCUGGUAGGUAGUCCUGUCACUGGGACCAGGUCACCUGAGUGGGCCAGAGACACCACCCCUAGGUCUGGCAGUGUCCCCUCAGUCGGCUGGGGCUCCUGGGAGGCAUGGGGACAGGGGCUUACAGGAUGGCGGGCUCUCAGAGCCCCCGUGGGUCAGGCCAGCGGUUCCCCCUCAGGAAUCGGGUUUCUUCGUCAGGUGUGGGUUGAAGCCAAUGGGAGAUGUUCAGCAUGUGUUCUGCAGCAGGAGGUCUCUGCCCCAAGGACAGCCACCUGUCCCAAAGCAGAUCCGCCCCCAGGAGAACUGCAGGCCUCAGAUUCCCCAGGGCUAAGAGCCGUCCAUGGUGGAAAGCCUCAUGCAGGCUAGUGGAAAAGGGGUCCAACACCCCCAAAGCCUCCACCUGUUGGCCACAUGUCUCCCUCCUCUCUCCUCCCCUUAGGAA